UCCCAAGCCUUCGCAUGAACGUUGAGACUUGGUUUUUUCCCAUUUUUAUUAGAUAAACCUGAAGAGGGAAACCCAUUUUCAACCACCUCUGAGAACGAUAAACAACGAGUCUGUGGCGCAGAAUCAGUCCAGAACUGCUAGCAGCAGUAUUGCUAGCAGAACUCGCCUCCAGAAUAAAAGGAAUACUAGGGCAACGAAUCACAUCGGAAUAUUACUACAGCGACUCCCAGGUGACACUGAGUUGGAUAAAAUCUUCUAGUACACGCUGGGGGACAUUCAUCAGAAACAGAGUAGAAAAAAUACAUGCAUGGACGGACCCAGACCGUUGGAAGUACGUCUCGACCAAAGAAAACCCUGCAGAUAUGGUCUCCAGAGGAGUACCAGUCAAGAAAUUGAUAGAAUCAAAGUUGAACUUCUGGUCACACGGACCAGAAUCCAUCCAAAAAAGAGAGAGAUAUCCCCUACCAGGAUACCAAUACGAUGUGACAGCUGAACAAGAGAAAAUCAAAAGACCUGCUGUUCUGCUUGUAGCAGCCAAGGGAAAGGAGUGUAAAGACUACAUAUCAGAAUUCCCUCAUCACAACUCAUUCAGCAAAACAGUAAGACAUUUCGCGUGGAUCAAUCGAGCAAUCCACAACAUGCAAAGAAGCAAAGGUUAUUCGGACAUCACAUAUGAGAAACGGUCCGGGCCACUCACCGCGAAUGAAUUAGAAGAAGGAUUAUUGCUAAUAUCCAAAAUCAUGCAAGCCACUAUCUACCCAAAUGAAGUGGCAGAAUUAAGGAAAAAGGGAGAGGUAACUUCAAAGGGACCAUUCCAACACUUGAACGCAAACGUGAAAAAUGGCGUAAUACACGUCUCAGGAAGAUUAAAUAAUGCAGAAAUGCCUGCAUCUCAAAAGAAUCCCGUGCUCAUUCCUAAAUCGCACCCAUUUUCAAGAGUCAUACUUCGACAUAUCCAUGAAAGUAACUUUCACGCAGGAAUGAACAUAAUAAUAAACGAAUUCAGACAAAAGUUCUGGAUGAAGGACCUGAGAAGAACAGUUCAGGGAGUCAUCCAACAAUGCAUAUUGUGUACAAGAGCACGCCCCAAACGCCUACAGCAGCAGAUGGGACAAUUACCAACACCAAGAGUAACAGAAUCAUCAGCAUUCACUCAUACUGGAGUGGAUUUAUGCGGUCCAUUUGAGGUGCUGAUAAACCAAAAAUCAAAAUGCAAGACAACGGCUUAUGCAUGUAUUUUUGUAUGUUUCGCCACAAAAGCCGUACACCUAGAAGUCGUCGAGGACCAGACGGCAGCAGCCUUCAUAUCAGCGCUGCUUCGAUUCACAGCUGUAAGAGGAGUUCCAGAUAUUAUUUACUCCGACAACGGACGCAACUUCGUAGGAGCUAGCAGAGAACUAAAUCGCCUACGAAAAACAUACAACAACGAAGUAUUUCAGAACAAACUAGUUGACUCAGCAGCCAGUCAUGGAAUACGAUUUUCGUUUAUCCCGCCUCGAAGUCCGAACUUCGGGGGACUCUGGGAAUCGAACAUAAAAGUAGCCAAACGUCUAUUCAGCGCAGCCGCCAGAGGAGUUCAGCUGAAUAUAAUGGAACUUCAAACACUAUUUUAUCAAGUAGCCGCAGUAAUGAACUCGCGGCCGCUAACACCGAUCUACACGACGCCUGAUGCACCAACCGCACUCACGCCUGGACAUUUUUUGAUAGGUCGGCCAAUGCUGACUGUACCUAUUCCAACACAAAAUGAAAGCGCAAACAACCUAACGACUAGAUGGAAACGAAUACAAUCACAAAUCGAACAAUUCUGGAGAAGGUGGAGAGACGAAUAUCUUCAUCAACUGCGAGAUUAUGCAAAAUGGACCAAACAAAAAGCUAACGUCAAAAUUGGUCAAGUAGUACUGGUCGGAGACGACAACAUUCCUGUAGCAAGAUGGCCUAUGGGAAUCAUUACUCAAGUGUAUCCAGGCGAGGAUGGAAUAGUCCGAGUGGCAGUCGUGCGAACCUCCUCCGGGAUCUACAAGCGUAACGUAAGAACGCUAGCCCCUUUACCAAUAGAAGAAGACGAAGAUCCCGAAAUUGCAUCAACAACUCAACAACCAGAAGGUGUGGCCUCUGAUGAACGACCACCUCCACCCGAAAUAAUCGAACUUGAAGAUGACCCCCCGCCGCAAGCACCACAAAUGAUUUGGGACGGUAGGCUACGCCCUCGUCCCAAAGGGGGGAGAAAAUGGAAGCACUCAAAUUCAGAGUGGGUGACCACCCUAUGAAAACAUCCCCGCCGAUGGAAACACCAGCGACAAGCAACAGAUUCAAGUGCUACAUCAGCAAACUGAUCGAAUAAAUCGAAUUGAUAAUUCGAUUUAUCGAUCAGUUAUUUGUUACAAAGAAAACUAUGUGGCCAUUUGAAGGAGACUCGAACGUUUCCAAUUCCAUCACGAUGCACGAUGUGGCAUCGUAUUCAGUGGACGGGGCCUUCAUCGUGGCUCUGUUGAUAGCCGCGCUCGUAUUUCAUUGGCGGCGCAGCCAACGCAGGCUGCGCCAACUGGAAGAGCAUGCCAAGCGAGCGAAGCUUGGCAUCGCUCAAGUGUAGAAGCCGUGCACAUUUGAUGCUGACACGGGCAGCAUAUUUGGUGCUGAGGUCAGCAGCACCAAAAUGACAGACACCAACCCAACUGGACACCAUCGAAGGUGCUGGUGGCACGCCACUCCAGAAAAGUGCACAUUUUAUGCCAACGGAGGCAUCAUCAACGGAACAUCGAUGACGGACGCAUCAUCAACCGUCAUCAUCGUUCAAGUGGACUUAUGUAAAAUU